UGUCGGCAGCGCCGGUUCCCGUUUUCCCGGGCUCGCCAUGGACUAUUCCUACCUGAAUUCCUACGAUUCCUGCGUGGCUGCCAUGGAAGCUUCUGCCUACGAGUUCAGCCCCUGCAGCCAGAGCAGUUCCUUCCCCUACAGCCCGGUGCGGGGGGGGUUCGCCACCGGACCCGCUUGUCCCCCCCUCGGCUCCGCCGCCUGUGCCCUGGGUGCGCUGCGAGACCACCAACCCGCUCCCUACGCGGCAGUUCCCUACAAGUUCUUCUCGGACCCGUCCGGGAUCAACGAGAAGCGGAAGCAGCGCCGCAUCCGCACCACCUUCACCAGCUCCCAGCUGAAGGAGCUGGAGAGAGUCUUUGCCGAGACUCACUACCCUGACAUCUACACCCGCGAGGAGCUGGCCCUCAAGAUCGACCUCACCGAGGCCAGGGUCCAGGUGUGGUUCCAGAACCGCCGCGCCAAGUUCCGCAAGCAGGAGCGGGCAGCCAACGCCAAGGCUCCGGGCGCCCCCUCGGGCGGCGGCGGCGGCAAGAAGCCGGAGCCUCGCCCGGCCUCGGAGGACGACGACUCCAAGGAGUCCACCUGCAGCCCCACCCCCGACAGCACCGCGUCCCUGCCGCCCCCUGCCAGCCUGGCCAGCCCCGGCACCAGCCUGAGCCCCAGCCCCUCCGCGGGGCCGCCGCCGCCGCCGCCGCCGCCCCCCGCGAUGGCCGCGGCCCACCCGAGCCAAGCCCUCAAAGCUCCCCUGUGGCCCGGGGUGGGCACCGGCGGCGGUGCCACCAACGCUGCCGAGCUGCUGAAGGCCUGGCAGCCCUCCGAGGCCGUGCCAGGACCUUUCUCUGGCGUCCUCUCCUCCUUCCACCGGAAACCCAACGCCCUCAAGACGAAUCUCUUCUGA